AUGUUCACGAGUAGGACUUUGACAACAGGAGGCAAAUUUCUAGUGCCCGGUUUUCGACUUGUUAGAAGAAGGGUCAAUACUCAAGCCUACGUUGAUUCUAUUGGUGCACUGAAGGCCGACUUAAAAAAGGCAAUGUUAGCCAAGGAUGAUUUGAAGAAAACGACAAUCCGAGGACUUCUUUCGGGAAUCAAAAACAAGGAGAUCGAUAACCAGGGGAAGACUUUGGACGAAUUUACGCUGCACGAACUGUACACAAAGUUUAUCACACAGAGAAGUGAAUCAAUCCAAGAAUUUGAAAAGAACAACAGGAACGAAUUGAUUGAAAGGGAGCAGAAGGAAAUUACCGUGAUUGAGCAUUAUUUGAAUCAGUUGCCCGUGGCCUCGAGAGCCGAGAUAGAUGCUAAAGUUUCCGACUUUCUGCAAGAGCUGCGUCGGAAAGACGCCGAUUUACAACUCAAAGACGUUUUCAAAAAAGUCGAUUGGAAGUCCAUUCCUCCCUCGUGGAAAGCUUCAGCUGGAAUGAUUAGGGCCAGUAUUGCAUCUCAGUUCAAAAAUGUUUUUUGA